AUGGCGCUGCCCACGGGGAUGGCGCUGAUGAGGGCGGCCGGCGUCGGCCUGCGGGGACUGGGGAGGCCGCUGUGGGGCCGGGUGAGGCCGGGAGCGAGGCGGGAGCGGGGGGCACACCCCGGCUCUGCAGCACCCAGGAAACAGCCAAACCCCCCCCCGAGCCCCUACGAGGAGCGGCCCUGGGAGUACCUGGAGAGCGAAGAGUACCGCGCCACCUAUGGCGACCAGCCCGUCUGGUUUGGCUACCGCCGCAACCACAAAGGAGCCAUCCCCCCCCAGCGCACCCGCAAGGCCUGUCUGCGCAAGGGGAAGCGGGUGGGAAACCCCUGCCCCAUCUGCCGGGACCGCAACCUCCAUGUGGAUUAUCGGAACGUGAAGCUCCUGGACCAGUUCAUCUGCCCCCACUCAGGCAUCGUCUUCCACCCCACACGCACAGGUGUGUGCAUGCAGCAGCACAAGCUCCUCUCCAAGGCCAUCACGCAGGCGCAGGACCACGGUCUCCUAUGGCUGCAGGUGCCCUUCGUGCCCGCGCCCCGCGACGACUUCUCCAACCAGCACCCGGCCGUCACCAGGACCCCCCCGGCGCCCACCCUGGCCCCCGGCCGCCCUUGGUACCCCUGGUACGAGUGGCAGCCCCCCCCCGCCGCCGCCGUCGCCCGCGUCCGGCGCCUCUACAGGGACUAUCUCAAGGAAGGAGCAGGCCCCCCCCCCCCCGGUGGGGACCCCCCCGGGGACCCCCUCCAUGGAAUAAAGCGCUUCUUUGCCCCCCUCCCCCCAAAGCCGUUGCCCCCCAUUUCUUUUUCCACGUGGGGAAACUGA